AAUCAUAAUACACCUUUGCGAAAGAACCAAUCGAGUGGCACGCCUUUAACAGAAUCUUGCGGUACGGUACGGUACUCGAGUAGAAUCCUCCUGUAAAUCAUCUCUAGGGAAAGCCGCAGUUGCCUUCACCGAAAUGCUACCGGCGGAAGCUCUCGCUAAGCCAGACCUUUGCGAUGACGACUGUGUACCGCAUUAUGUGAAGCACCACUCAACAUCACAUCUAGCGUUCUCGUCGCUCCUGUUCACCGCUACCUUCUGCAUUAUUUUCCUAGGCGUCCUACAGCGGCUUUUUCCGGUACUAUGCGGGGCAGGCAGGCGCCACGCUCACCACGAGAAUAGGGGGCAACGAAGGAUCGCAGCGAUAACCUUCUCGACCAUCUUUGGAGCGACGGGGGUACUAGCAGAGUUGAUACUAUGCGAGGUGAGCGAGUGGGGAGAGGCUUCGGCUCGGAAAGCUGGCUUUCAGAGUUGCGUGUGGGUCCUGAUGAUUUGUUUGGUUGCGGUCGCGCCGUUACUUGAAUUUCACAGCUUGGUUGAGGGAUCAAGGAUAUCUACCUGGCGAAGGCGAUAUGUUGUUCUGUUCGAGAUGGCUAUUUUCGGUGUAUGGCUUUGGGUCUUCUGGAGCUUGGGCGAUCGGUUGCCGAUAAGGAAGGCGGAUCAGAGCCUCUGGAGAGACUCAACCAGAACCCUGAGGGAAGAAUGUCUGGCAAGAGUAGGCGUGAUAGGUGUCUCAUUGAUGGCAUUAUUAUCCGGGUUCGGUUGUGUUUCUUCGCCGUGGCAUGACUUUACCGUCAAAACGAGGCCUAUUACCGAGAUUGACAUCUCGCGUGCUCAAGGUGGCCUGGAUGCCACUAUUGAGAUGCUUGAGACUAAACGCAGCAGGAUGAGGCUCUUGGAGAAAAAGAUCCGAGAUAAGAAGGCUUCCCAGGAAGGCUUGAUGAGCAAAGUUCUUUCUUCAAUUCGCGGAGAUGCCGAUGCUCAGGAACACGCCAUACUAGCUAAGGAAGUUAGUGGGUUGGAGACAAUGCGUACUUCGCUUGCUGCAGAGUUUGCGGAGCUCCAACGCCGUCUGUCAUUGGAGCAGCAGGCCAAGUCUUUAUUUGGGCGUGUACUGCAAGCUAUUUCCUACGGCUUCUCUGUUUAUUGCGUCUACAGGAUCAUUGCAACCUCCCUCGCCCAUAUCCCUCAUUUACACCGAAACAAAUCUUCCUUCUCGCAGAGUGAUCCCAUAAAUAACGUCCUGGCAAUCAUCGCGAAGCACUGGGACCCACACCUCGAUCGUGUUGCCUGGUCCCGCCAAAUUGGAUUCGCUCUCUCAGGAGUCAUUAUUGCCGGCUCGUUGAACUCUGCCAUGACAACCUUCAAUAUGCUCACCCGUGCGGCGCCAGGAGUCAUGGGUCAUGCCGUCAAAGGCGAGAAUCCGAACCUUGCACUCUUCGUAUCUCAGAUCAGCGCUGUCUACGUCCUUGCCUCCGCACUUUUACUCAGGAGCAAUUUGCCCCCGCACAUGAGUACUGUGAUCAGCGAGGCGUUGGGCGCGCCCCUCGACCCUGCGUUCGUGGAUAGGUGGUUUGAUGCACUAUUCCUUGGCGCGGCGGGCCUCACCUUGGUUGGGAUGAUUAUCGGCAGAAAGAGUGGGUGGUGGGGAGGUGCGGGUAAGCAUGAUCCAUUCUGUGAUGAGAUGGAGCAAUUGGAGGCGGGGAAGAGGAAUUGAUUGAUUAAUUGAUUGAUUGUUGAUUGUUGAUUGAUGUGUUUUUUUUACAUGUUUGACAAUCGGCGGGUCUCCGCCUCUCCCCUUUUGUUGAUCCACUAUUGCUGGGUUUUUGUCAUUAUUCCUUGCUAUUGUUACCAUCGCUACAGGCGUUACUUGGAUUUGGGUUUCUUGAACGGUUAAUUUAUUCAUCCUCCUAUGAUAUAUUGUCAAUUUUGUCUUCUUUUUUUGUUACUGGCCUUGCUUUCACUAGUCUUUUUUUUUUUUUUGCACUUUUAUUCCCUCCAUUUCUCCGGAUCCCCGUUCGCACCCUUCUUUCACCCAUUCUUCUACCCCACUUCCCUCUACUUCACCUUUCACAAGCUAGGUUGCAAGACCUCAUAUGUUACACUCUCAUACUCCGCACCCCAUAAUGCUUCUCCCCCCUCCCUCUUACCUAUUAUUGCCUCUCACCCUAGCGGCGUCAGGCAUGCAAUCUCCCUCACUCAAAACAAAAUUAAAAAAUAGGGCACCAGUUCUAUAGGCGUUAUUACUUUGUCAUCUCGCUUUCAUAAUACCAUACCUGGUAGAUAUGUUUCCCCCCCCCAGGAAUUAAUCAGAAUACAUAUCCUAAAGAACUAUCCUAUGAGAUUGUUUGACUUGGAUUUGUCGGUGCUCGUUAUUGUAGAAGUUAACCGGUGGGUGACUUCCCGGUGGAAUUUAGAAAAUUUUGGAGCUUAGCAACCCCCCCCCCCGGAACGCAGACUACCCCCGCAGGAGCAGCGGCUUUCUGAGUGGUGGUAUUAUAAUUGCGGUAAAGUGGAGUUGCUCGUGGGAGGCCUGAUAAGUGCAACUUGCGGCAAGAGGUGGGGUUUCGCAGAAUCAUAUCCUCCAGUAUGGUGGAAAACGUAUAUAUCACUCGCGUAGUGCGGUUUCUGGGAGCGGUUAUGAGGCAUUACAUUUUGAAACAGCAUUGGUAGGGGCUACCGGGACUUCGCACCAUCAUUAGGAUUUUUGCAUCGUCGGUAUGGCAUAUUGGCUUAUGCGGGUUUAGACACUUAUGCCUCCCGAGAGUUCUUACGGCGGCUGUGGCCCAGGUCUGGUUUUGGUGGGGGUUUACAGAGUAGGCGGAAGCUGGACUUAAUGGAUAUUCAUGGGGUAUGGAGGGGUUUCCCUUGCUUUCCGGGAGUGUGCUUUUCCAGUAUAAUUAUAACUGUGCUUUCUGG